AUGACUCCUACUGCUUCUCAGGCAAUAAAACGAAGGAAAAGACUGAGUCUUGUAUGUGACAAUUGUAAAAGAAAGAAGAUAAAAUGUGACAAGGCAUUACCUUGUUCCCAGUGUCAGAAGGCUAAUUUGGUAGAUAGCUGCAGAUACCAAAUUGGGUCUGAAGGUAUUUCUGGAAAACAGAAUUUUUCUCUACCAUAUGUAUCCAGUGCAAAGAAUCCCAUUGCAUUUGAUGACAAAGUAAAUGAUAGAGGAAGAACCAAGUCCAAGAGAAGAAAGAAUCAACCUGAUGACACGUCACUCUCUAUGGCAGAGCUUUCAAGAUUGAAGAAUAGACUCGAGCAAAUUGAAUCAUCAAUGAAGAGGUAUAGUAAGUCUCCAGAUUCGAGAGUUCGAAAUUUUGAACCAUUGAAUAAGGUAAAUAGUCUGUCUGACACUUCGCCUUACGUAGAAGGGUCAUCGAAGAAUAAGUCGAACAACAGUACACCGUUGAACAAUAGUACCCCUCGAGAUCGGAUAUCAAGUCUUUCUUCGAGCGAUGAUACAAGAACCAAUUCCCUUUUUUCAUCAGAGAGCUCGAGCGAUACUUCUAAAAGCACAACUUCCACAGAAGACCCCAAAAAGAGGAGCCUAAAUGGCUUGAAUUUGUAUGACAGCCCUUCUGAUACUAUUAACUUCUACGAAAAUUACGUUCCUUUUUGCGUUACGGAAUCCAGGAAAAUGAAUUUUGGUCCAUUUUCGUGGGCAGGAUUAAUGAAGAGAGAUAGAGGAUUACAGUUGUUGUGGGAUUAUUGUGAUAAUGAAAUGGUCGCCGAUGACAAAUUGAAAGUCCUACUCUCUAACAGUAAAGAGACAGAAACAACAUUUCAUAAAAAAAUGUUGGAAGGAGAAGGUUUCGAAGAUACGAUUCCAUACCGUUCUAUUGUAUCUGCUAAACUUGAAAAUGGGAUCAAGGCAUCUCAAUUAAAUCAAAAUACACUACAAUUGGGAUUGACAUACUAUGACGGCAAAAUUGAUAGAGAAUUAGGCUUGAUUGAUAAAGUAAGAAUGGUUUUACCUAAAAAGUUGGUUAUAAGUGAAUUAUUGAAACGAUAUUUCACCGUUUUGUAUUCAUUUAUGCCUUUUGUGGAUGAGGAAAUGUUUCUAUCAGAAAUUACCCGUAUAAUAGGACCGCUAUCAACGGAUGACACGAAAACGAAAAAGAUAAAAGCAGAAAAGAAACUAGACUUGGCUUAUAUCGGGUUACUUUUGAUCAUCUUAAGAUUGUCAUACCUUUCUUUGUUCAGCAAUAAGAAUUCUGUCAAUGAGAAUAUUUUAAAAAUCCCAAACCCUUGCGAGAAAUCUAAGGCAACCAAGUAUCUUUUGCUAAACCCAGUUAACAUUGACACAAUUGAUAUUGCUCAAGAAUGCCUAGACCAGUUUCAAUUAUUGCGGAAGACAAGCUUUCCAGUUUUACAAUUAGCUUUUUACAUGAGAAUGUAUCAUUCGUACGCCCCAGAGGAUGGUGAUGGUGUAGAUGGAGGCGACUUGCCUGUUUUUAAUGCACUUUUAGUUCAAAUGGCAUACUCUUUGGGUCUCAAUAGGGAACCUCUGAAAUAUCCGGAAGUAUGCGCGAACCCAAGGAUCAAUCAUUUAGGAAGAAAAAUAUGGUUUGCUUUAGUGCAUUAUGAUCUAUUUAAUGCCUAUCAAUACGGAAACCCAAUGACAAUAGACAGAUCUUAUUAUGAUACCAAACCCCCAUUUUAUGAAGAUAUAGCUGCAAAUGUAAAGGACAAAACUCUUGACAAAGGUGUUACUCAAACUUUCAAUGGGUGCUAUAGAAUAAUUGGAAUAAUGAGUUCAAUACUAAGAAUGUGUCUUUCUGUUGAGGCUCGUGUACCCGUUGCCGAUCUUUGUACCUUACUAACAACCCUAGAACUUGAGUUAGAAAGACUUUAUGGCCAUUUGGGAGAAUCAUUAAAGCUUCCAUGUGAAAACGUCACUGGUAUGUUUGAAAAAAGUUUCAGAAUAAAGGUCUAUAUGUCCAUUAAAUCAUUCUUGAGUGCGAUAUAUUUUCAUUUUUAUCUAUAUUACGAGGAGAACAACAUCCUGUUGUCUUUCUUUUACUUAAAGAAGGUAAUAUCAAUUGGAGCAACAGAUAUUAUGCCUUAUUAUUUCGAGCUAUUGGCAAAUGAUAAUAGCAUUUUCGAUAUGAUGAUUAAUCCAACGCUAGAAGCUGUGCUUCACAAAUGUAAUCAAGUCCAUCUUUCGCAUAUCAUAAGAGUGAAUUUUAUAAUAUACUAUAUGAAGAAUCAACCGAAUCAUGAUUCAAUGUGUAUAAAUGACAGGAACUACUGCACAUACUAUAAGACAUUAUGCAAUAUAUCUUCUUGUCUUACGAGAUGUGCGGAGGUUUCAAUUGCUGCAAUCUCCAAGAUUAGCAACCGAUAUUAUUACGCCUGGAGGAUUACCAAGAUCCAUACCCAUCAUUUGAAAAUUAUUACUACAAGAGAGUUUUAUGAUAAACAUUUUGAUGUGGCUAAAGACCUCUGCGUUCCACGCUUUUCUUUGGAACAGCUACUUGAGAUCAUUAAUAUUUGUGAAGCUACGCUUAGCAAGCUAGGAAAAGUAGGUAGUAUAGCGAACGAUUUUUGUCCUGGCUGCCCAGAACCUGAGAGCAAUGUCACUAAAAAUACAUUUGACGGUAAUGAGACUGAUACCACGCCUUUUAGUGCUACAGAUACAUUCAAAAUGCAAAAUAAUCAGAUGUUUAGACCAUCAGAAACACCUGACAUAGAAAAGUUGCCCCAGCAAGAUCCUACUAACGACUUUGGACUUGACUUUAACACUAAUGCGGAAAUCGAUCAAGUUUGGCUUGACAUACUUUCCUUCAAAUAUGAUAAGAUGAAUGAUGGAGAGAUGUUCUUUGAUAACGUCUCAACUGUUGAUAGUUCUUCAAACACGGAUCUGGCUGGUCCGAUCUUGUCUAAGGAACCUAAGUCAAAUGGAUUUUCGAGUACUGUUAACAAUUAUGACUUAUUCAAUAAUUUUCGUUAA